GGGAAGCGUGACAGCAAUGACAGUGUUUUUUCCCUUGGAUACAGCUAGACUUCGACUUCAGGUUGAUGAGAAAAGAAAAUCCAAAACUACACACAUGGUGCUCCUGGAGAUCAUUAAAGAAGAAGGCCUCCUGGCACCAUAUCGAGGGUGGUUUCCAGUUAUUUCCAGUCUCUGCUGCUCCAAUUUUGUCUAUUUCUACACUUUUAAUAGCCUCAAAGCAGUCUGGGUCAAAGGUCAACGUUCUACUACUGGAAAAGACCUGGUAGUUGGAUUUGUUGCAGGAGUGGUGAAUGUGUUGCUAACAACUCCGCUGUGGGUGGUAAACACCAGACUGAAGCUGCAAGGGGCAAAGUUUAGGAAUGAAGACAUUGUACCAACCAACUACAAAGGUAUUAUUGAUGCUUUUCACCAAAUCAUUCGAGAUGAAGGAAUUUUGGCUUUAUGGAAUGGCACAUUUCCCUCCUUGCUAUUAGUCUUCAAUCCUGCUAUCCAGUUCAUGUUCUAUGAAGGUUUAAAACGGCAGCUUUUAAAGAAACAGAUGAAGCUUUCUUCUUUGGAUGUAUUCAUCAUUGGUGCAGUAGCCAAAGCAAUUGCCACCACAGUCACCUAUCCCAUGCAGACGGUACAGUCAAUUCUGAGGGUGAGUGCUAGGGUUUUCUCUACAUUUAGUCAAACAACAUUCUAA